UUUCGCUUCCCCAAAGAUUCUUGCAAAUGAGAAGAAAAGCUGAAAACACGGCUAAUAAUUUCAGCGGCUUUGUUUUCGGCUAAAAGACUCCCAGAGGUUCGCCAUGGCUCUGCCGAGACAGCUGAGAGAGGAGAGUGAUUUCGAGCAGCUGCCGGACAACGUUCCCAUCAGCGCCACCAUCGCGGACAUUGAGGAGAAAAGUGGCUUCAUCGUUUACUACUUUUUCGUGAUUGAAGUGAAGACUAAAGGAGGCAGUAAGUACCUGAUCUACCGCAGAUACCGUCAGUUCUUCGCUCUCCAUCAGAGACUGGAGCUGAAGUUCUCGCCCGAAGCUCAGUCAGGACCCUACACCUUUGUACUGCCCACUCUGCCCGGGAAAGUGUUCAUGGGCAACAAACAGGAAAUAGCAGAGAACAGAAUCCCUGAGCUCAACACGUAUAUGAAGAAGCUGCUGUGUUUGCCUACCUGGGUGUUGCUAGAUGAUUUAAUCCGGAUGUUUUUCUACCAGACUGAAUGGGACAGUCAGCAAGUGCCCAAAGCUCUCCGGCGCCUCCGGCCCCCCACGCGGAAAGUAAAAACGCAGAAGCCCAAAACGGACCUUCUCUCGUCCCCCAGAGCGGAGGCGGUGUUUGACUUCAACGGGAGCGGGAAGCUGGAGCUGAGUCUGAAGGCUGGAGACGUGAUCUUCCUCCUGCGGCGAGUGAACGCUGACUGGCUAGAGGGCACUGUUAAAGAUAGGAUAGGCAUAUUUCCAGAAUCAUUUGUGAAGAUCAUCAAACCUCUUCCUGAAAGUGACUCAGACGAGGAAGGCGGAGCUUCAAAGAAAAAAGGCGGGGCUCAGGGCUCCUACAGCUGCCUGCGCUGCUACCUGCUGGAGCCAGAGGGUAUUGACACCAGGGAUCUGUGUGUUGAAGAGGACUUCACUAUCCAGCCGUCGUACACUGAUCUCCUUGCACGCAUGAGAGAGGUCUUUCAGAUAGAGGACAUCGCACUAAACUACCGUGACCCUGAAGGAGAUCUGGUGCGGAUCUUGGAUGACGAGGACGUGACUCUGAUGGUCAGACAGAGCAAAAGCCAGGGGUCAAAGGUCAAAAGACCCGUCAAUCAGUUCCCAUGGGAACUGCAUGUCACACGUACCAAUUAUCUGUCAGUGUACAACACAGAGUACUGAAGUGUGCAUGUAUGUGUGCCAGUAAGGUCCUUUGGGUUCACUUUACUCAUGAUACUCAUGUCAGAUCCGCCAGCUUAAAGGGGAACUCCACCGAUUUUGCGAAAUUACUUACUCAUUUUUUUUUAAAUCACCUUUUAGAUGUAAACAAAAUCAUGCAGAGUGGUUUAAUGUGAGUUUUGCCCUUUUCCUUGAGAAAUUUUCAGAGUCAAAAUUGUUCACCAUUAUAGUACUAGGAACCAGAUGUCCAUAUGUCAACACCACAAAAUCACCAUUUUAUCUGCUAUUCAGAAUGACCAUUGAAUUCACAUGAGUCUUAUAAUGUUUU